UGUAUAUAUAUAUAGAGAACGAAGGAUCAGUGGUUGAGCUAUAGUAGCUUAGCUUCUAAAACAAUGGCGGAACCAUCGUACUCGGGAACUGAGUUAAGUAGCAGCAGUAAUAACUCAUGCACAACGUUAUUAUCUGCUACUCAAACCUCAAGCCCGAAUAACCACCGCAAACGGCCCAGACAAGACGGCGACAACGUUAACGCCGUGGCGUCGUACGUUGGAGUGAGAAUGCGGGCUUGGGGGAAAUGGGUGUCGGAAAUCCGGGAGCCCAAGAAGAAGUCUCGGAUCUGGCUCGGCACUUUCGCCACCGCCGAGAUGGCUGCCCGGGCCCACGAUGUCGCCGCGGUGGCCAUUAAGGGCGACGCCGCCAACCUUAACUUCCCCGAACUGGCCGGGCUGUUGCCCCGACCCGCUUCCUGCUCCCCGCGCGACGUCCGAGCCGCCGCCAUUAAAGCCGCCCGCAUGGACCACCUCCUCAGCCGCGAGCCGACCGCGCCACCAGAGCCGGCUUCUUCUUCUUCUUCUUCGUCGGAGAAAGCCGAGAUAUCAGCCGAGCCGAGCCAGGACGAGCUGGGAGAGAUUUUGGAGCUGCCGGAGCUGGCGGCGGACACUAUCUACGACGACUUCGUGUUCCCCAACUGGGACGGCUGGGACUGGUGGCCGUGUAGCGCCGCCGACGGCGGCGCCGGAUAUUACGGCGAAAUCGUGUUCGACACCGGCGAGUUCGGAAACUUUCUGUGGCAACACUGAAAGAAUCCGAGAAUCAAAUGGCAUGUCUGCAAAUUUUGUCAAGGACCUUUCUCCAAUUCUCGAAACUUUUGGGGCUAAAAUUCAAACUCUCUUUUUUCUCCGUACCUAUUCUCAAAGCAUUAGCCAGCAGCUUGGGCUGGCAAUAUACCUUUCUUCCAUCCCAAUAACUUGCAUUGUUACCAGUAGCAUCACGUUACUGUCUAUUUUGAGUUUUCCCGGUUAAAUUUAGUAAUUGAGGAUUAAAUUUGUGAAGUCAAUAGUAUUGUAUGUAACAUUUUGACAUUGUGUUUUAAGUUGUCAAGUUAUAAUAAGUACGCUUUUAAGGUUUGUUAUAAAUGACAAAUUACCAAACAGUUGAUCUGAA